AUGGCCGUCCUAUCGAAGAUGCCGGGAUUGUCCGUCAAGGUUGUAAUCAAAAGCGAAGCCGCGGUGGAAUACUCUUCCGCCGAGAGCGAAGUCACCGGAUCCAUUGCUGGCGUGGCCUCGGCUGCUGGCAAACAAGGCGAGCAUCUUUGGCCGCGUACGACGACAUACAUCGAGUCUAGCUCGGGCACUUUGUUUCAAAUAGAGGCGACAUUUGGACCUGGAUUCCAGACUGCGUACCCCGAGUACGCAGACCGCGACGCCAUCUGUGUGAGCGCAUACAUCGACGGAACUUGGGUCAACUGCAAGUGGCUCAAGCUCAACCAACUUCGCAAAAAUGAGUUUCGCACCUUCACCAUCUCCGACACGUACUCACUGUCAGCAAACAAGGAAGACACCGUACAGUGCCUGUUUACGUUUGCGCCUGUAUCCGGUGUGGACAGCGCGACGAAAGAGAAGAUUGCUGAAGACGCGAAGAUCGCCAAGUCGUUGGGUGAGAUUCGUGUCGACAUUCAUUUGGCGAAGACAACGAAUUUAGGCGAUCUCAGAAUCUCUGUCAAGCAGACAGGCGAGUUUGCGUUAGCCGAGAAGGCCAUGAAGGGAAAGGCAAUCUCCCAUGGAACAUCCUUCCCUGUCACCGGCAUAGCUUCUGCCCCAAAAGCCCAGAUGAUGGAAAACUGGACUGCUAUCGGACAAUUCGUGUUUCGAUAUCGUUCUCGGGAUGCUCUUCGAGAGGAGAUGAUCUUGCCUCCCCCACGAUCACCUUCUCCAGCAAAACCCGACAUCAACACUAUGUCGAUAAGUGAACUUCGCACCUUUGCUCAGAAUCUCCUUCACGCCCAGAGAGACUCCCGGUCCGUGAAACGAGAGAUCGACGACAGAGCCACGGUGAGUUGCGAGGGACGCCAGUACAAGUUGGUGAAAUUGGAGAGUGGCGAGGAAGCAGUCGAUCUAACCGAAGACUGA